GCCGUGUAAGGUGUUAGUAGUUGGCUUUCGUCUGUGUUUUUUGUUUUUAAUGCAGGUGUAUUCUCGGGAAAUGGUUAAAGUUGUCAAAAAACUGAGACAAAACCUGUUGUAGAAUGGCGACAGUUUCCGCGUCUGUUGUGCAGUACGGCAGGCGAAAAGGGAGUGACAAAAAUGUCACAUCACUGGGUACGAGAGAUGGGGCAGAUCUGCCCGUGCGUCUCCCGGAUCUCCGCCAAGUCAAGGUUUUGCCCAAAGCGGAGUGGCUCAGGAUUCAAGACAGCCUCCACAGCGUGAACAGGGAGCUGGAACUGAUCCAGGAGAGGAAGAAGGAGCGAGAGGCUCUGCACCAGCGCUCCAAAGAAGUGGUGAAAAACUGGUCUAAUACCAUUGCUGGUCAAAGGCAAAAGAAGAUUGAAGCCAAGAAACUGCGAGAAGAAAUUGAAGAAGAGGAGAAGAGGCAGAUUGAUUUGGAAGAGGCUCAGUACCAAGCUGAGAGGAGAAAGGAAGCCAUUGAAAAAGCAAAGUCCCAACAGUAUUACCAGACGGACCGAGUGAAAAGAUUUCAUAGUGCUCUCUUGCUGACUGAGAUUCUGAAGGAGAGGGAAGCCCAGAUCGAGCUGAAGCAGAAGAAGAUGAAUGCAACUAAAGACAUGGACAAAGACAUAAUGGCUCAGAUUCUGCACCAGGAGGAAGAAGCUAUUCACCAGGAUCAGCAAAAGGCACUUCAAAGAUUUCAUGAUAGAAAAGCAACUACAGACAAGCUGAUGGAGCAGAUAAAAGAGCACGAACGUGCUAAAGAGCUUGAGAGGCUGACGGACAGAAAAGAGGGAGAAGAAAUUCAAAAGAUGACGCGACUAUAUGAGUGGGAGAAAAGCAUACUGGAACAACAGAAGAAAGAAGAAAAGAGACAAAUAAUGAAAGCUCAUAUGGAUCACUUAUCCGACAGAGACAUCCUAAGAGCAAUUGAAAAGCAGAAAGAAGAAGAGGAGGAAGAGAGAAUCAAACUAUUUUCCUCAGCAAAGCAAAAAAUGCAAAAAAUGAGGAAAGAGAAGGAGGCAGAACUGUUUAGGGACACCCAGCAGCAGAAGGAACGAAUGGUUGAGCUCCUGGCUGCUCAGCUCCAGCAGAAGGAGAGCAGUGAGGAUGAGGUCAUUGCCAGGGCUGUGGCUGAGCGGGAGGCGAAGCUGGAGAAAGAGUUGAAGGAAAAGGAAGAGAAAAAGAAGGCUGAACUGGGAUCCAUUGCUGCUCACAGACAAGCAAUGAGACAACAAAAGGAAGACCAGAAAAAAGAAGAGAAAUUGAAAGCUCUAGAGAUGCUUUAUGCCAAAAAAGAAGCCGAUAAGAUAUUUUUGGAAAAGCAAUGGGGAAAAACACAGAAGAUUAAAGACGAAAAUAAAAAGCUACAAAGCCUCUACAUUCAACAAAUGGCUGAAAAACGGGAAAAGGCACAGCUUGCCCAGAAAGCACAACUGGAAUAUGAAAAACAAACUGCAGCUCUCACUGCUGUAGAGGAGCAGCAGUUCCAAGAAUAUGCAAAAGAAGUAACUGAUGCAGCAGCAAAAGCUGGAAGAAAUACUAACCCACUCCAGAAAGCAGCCACGGCGGGCCUUGGUGGUGGGCUUGGUCCUGUUUUUGGAGGUGUAAGACCCAGUUAUUUAGUUCAGGAUGAAACUGGAGUCCAGCUGCCCAAUUAUAAUCGCAGAACCGCUCAAGAAAUCAAGGAAAUUUAUGAUGCAGGUGACAUUCAGCUAGCAAAGAAAAGACUAGGCUUUACAUGGUAAAAUUCUGAGGAAAAAUGCACGUUUGUUGUCAUUUAAAAAAAAAAAAACAAAGUCCCUAAUCUUCCAAAGCUGACAAAAGAUUACAAAUGAGCACAACUGGCUAAGGGUACUUGUACCAGUUUUAAUCUAAUUUGUAUUUCUACAUUUCCUUUAAAAAUAUGUAUGCAUAUCUUUUCUUGUUUUUCCUGUUUGAUGUAACAAGUUUUGACCUAGUCUGAUAAUGUACAAUUAAGAUGUACCUUAAGUGUCAGAGAUCAGAAAUAAAGACUUUACCAGCUUCAGGAAA